AUGAAUAACCCAAUUCAAAAUGUAUCAUUAAGUGUAGAUGAUAUACAAUUACCUUCAAUGAUGUCGGAAUUAUCAUGGAUUAAUCAAACAGAUUUAUGUUCAGUAAUAAAAAAUAUGAAGAUGACGGAGACAACAGAAACGACGUUGACGACGACGACAACAACAUUAACAACGUCAUCAUCAUCAUCAUCGUCAUCAACUUCAUCUACAUCUUGUAGUGAUUAUUAUUUUGAUGGAUCACAUCAUUUACAUGUAUUAUAUCAAUAUCCUCAUAAAUAUAUGGGAAAAAUUCAAAAAAGUAGGCCUAAAUUACAACAGAAUCAAGAACAAGAUUCAAAGUAUAAUCCAAUACAAUCUAAUCAUGAUAUACGUAUAAAACUUGAACAUGAAUUAUAUCAAAAAGUACGUCAAGCUGUUCAUACUCCACCACGUGAACGUAUCAUACGUAGACGUUUAAAUGAAUUUCAAUAUGAAAUACAAAAACGUUUAAAAAUUGAAGAAGAGAAAAAAAAACUUGCAAUACAAAUGAAUGAUUUAAUAAAUUUAGGUAUAACUAAUACUACUGAAUCAAUUAUAAGUAGUUUAAAUAAUAUAACUAAAAUAAAUUGCAUAGAUUUACGUAUGCAUCCUGAAUCAUAUUAUCAAAAUUUAAAGUGGUAUAAAACAUCUAAUACAAAUAUGAAGAAUCAAAAUGUACUAUGGAAUAAUAAUAAUAAUAAAAUUGGAUUAUUAAAAAAUGAAAGAAAAGAGUUGAACUGUUUACCGGUUACUAAAAAUAGUAACUAUGAUGAUGAUGAUCAAACUUCUUUAAAUAGUAAUGAAAUGGGUAUCAUGAAUGAAGAUACUACUGAAAACACAAAUCCAUCUUCAUUAUACUACUUAAAUAAUAAUUUUACUAAACCGUAUUUACCAAAUCAUCACUAUGUCUCUAAUAAACAAUUCAAUACUACUAAUAAUACUACUAUUAAUAAUCAUUCAUUAUCCAAUAAUACUACUUAUUCCCAAUAUAUAAUAAAUAAAUUUCAUAAUUAUAAAAAUACCAUCAUAAAUUUAAAACCAUUCAUUUUUAAUCAAACUACUUAUACUACUACUACUAAUACUACUGAUAAUACUACUGAUAAUACUAAUAAUAGUAAUAUAGAAUAUAAUGAAUAUGAUCCAUUAUUAAAUGAUCAAUUUACAUUCAAUUGGAAUAUUGAUUAUGAUUAUGAUCUGGAUCAAACUAUUAAUAAUAAUAAUAAUAAUAAUAUAAUGGAUCAUAUAAAUCAAUAUUAUGAAUUAAGACAAAAUUAUAUCACUGAAGAAGAUUUACAAGUAGUAUAUAAAUAUUAUAAUAAAUUCUAUCAAAAUAAAUUAUCAAUAAUCAAUAAAAAAAAGAAAUCAAUAAAUAAUAAUAAUAAUAAUAAUAAUCUAUUAACACGUCAAAUGAUUAUGGAAAAAUUUGGACGAUUAACUGAUAAUGAAAAACAAUUAUUUUAUUUUAGUGCUACUAAAGCAGCUUAUCUAAUAGCAUCAAUACAAUCACAACAUAAAUUACCUGAUGGUACACAAUUUCGUUUAAUUAAUCAAUCAAAUAAGAAACCAUUAGAUUAUGUUAAAAUCAAUAAUCUAUUUAUCAAUCAAAUUAUAAAUGAUCCUUCUAAUGAAAUCAAUAAUCAUAAUGAUACUAAUCAAACAUCGAACGAUUCAUUAUAUACCUUACCUACAUUGAUUGAUUGGAAUUCAAUUGUACGUGAUAGACAUGGACCAUUUUGGCCACAUAAUUAUGGACCUAUAUGUCAAACAUUAUAUAAUUUAUAUAUAGAAACAAACAAUUCAAAAGAUGAUUAUAAUGUUAAUAAAGCAAUCAUUCCUGAUUACACUGAAGAGAUUAUGCAACUAAGAAAUAAGCAACCUUAUUUCAAAGGAAUACGAGUUAUUUUCGAUUCCGAAUGCAGUCCUUGUUUAUCAGGAGAUUUGAAUACAUCUACACCACCUUCGUUGGAUAUAAAACAAUUCGUUGAAGAAUUAACUAAUGUUCAACAAUGGACACCACCAUGUUUAGUUUUUGAAUCAAGAUUUGAAUCAGGAAAUCUACGACAAGUUAGACGAAUAGGACCAUUUCAUUAUGAAUUAUUAUUAAAACCGGAUCUAUAUACAAAACGUCAUGUACAAUGGUAUUUUUUUCGUAUACAAAAUAUUCUACCUGGUUUUAUUUAUACAUUUCUAAUUAUAAAUUUUACAAAAUCAACAAGUUUAUACUCUCAAGGUUUACAACCUUUAUUGUAUUCCAAAAUUAAUUAUCAACAAAAUGGUAAGAAAUGGAUACGUGUUGGAAGGAAUAUGAAAUAUACACGUAACACAAUGAAUCUAUCUAAUCAUUUACUUGAUACAAAUGGUGAAUAUUAUCAAUUAGAAUGGGAAAUGGAAUUUCCUUAUUCUAAUGAUAUUUGUUAUUUGGCUUAUUCAUAUCCAUAUACUUAUACAAAUUUAAAAUUUGAUAUCAAUGAAUUACUUUUGAAAUCGAAAGACAAUGAUCUAUUGAAUAAAACAAUUAAUUGUGAAGUAUUAUGUCAAACUAGAGCUGGUAAUUCAUGUUUCCUGGUUACAAUUACGGAUCAAAACAUAUCAAAUAAAGAUAAAUAUGCAGUCGUAAUCACUGCUCGUGUACAUCCUGGUGAAACAAACUCCAGUUGGAUAACUCUUGGUUUAUUGAAAUUACUAACAAGUAAUCAACCCAUUUCAUUGGCAUUGAAAAAGCAUUAUGUUUUCUAUAUCAUUCCAAUGUUGAAUCCUGAUGGUGUAAUUGUUGGGAACUACAGAUGUUCAUUAACAGGGAGAGAUUUAAAUCGUAAUUAUCGUCAACCAAAAAAAGAUGUAUUUCCAACGGUAUGGACAGUGAAACAACUUGUGAAAUGGUGUAAAAAGACAUAUAAAGAUGUUAUUUAUUGUGAUAUACAUGGACAUAGUCGACGGAAUAAUAUAUUCAUGUAUGGUUGUGAUCCAUUAUAUAGACAUUCAAAGAUAUUUAAUCAUACUAAACAAACAUUACAUGAAAGAAUACUUCCAUAUAUAUUAUCUCAACAGGCCACUUCUUAUUUUUCAUUUCCAAAUUGUCGAUUCACUGUUCAUCCAAGUAAAGAAGCUACAAGUAGAGUGGUAUUUUGGAGAGAAUUUGAAGUAAUCAAUAGUUUCACUUUAGAAGCAACAUUUAAUGGUUCAACAUUACAAAAUAAUAAUCUAAUAAAAUUUGAAGUGGAUGACUUUUUGAAAAUGGGUGAGCUAUUAGGAGAUUCAUUAUACAAAUUUCAUGAGGUACUAUCGAAUCCAUUAAAACUUAAAGAAACUCUGACAAACUUAGCACGACAAACGCUUGCCAAUUUAUGGAUGAAUAAAAUUCCAUUGAUACCUAAAAAUACAAUAACUGAAGAAUAUAAAGAUAAUCUAUCAAUCUUUAAUAAAAAAUCAUAUGAUUCUAUUAAAUUACAAUUAUAUACUACUAAUAAAGAACUACUUAUAUCAACUACUACUACCACUAAUAAUGAUGAUCAAUUCAAUGAUAAAUCAAUAUUAAAUCAAUCAAUAAAUUUCUUUAAUAAUGAUAAUCAUAUUAAUGAUAAUGAUGAUGAUGACAAUGAUCAUGACAAUUCAAUGAAUGAUUCAUUAGAACAAUUGGUUAAAACAAUACAUUAUUUAGAAAAAUCAAUAGAAUUUCAUACUACUGAAUUCAAUGAUAAUGAAUUAAGUAAUAUAAAAGAUAAUCAUUUAAGUUGUACAUCCGAUUCAAAUUCAGAUAGUGAACCAGAAAUGACAAUUACUGCACAAAAUUCAUUAAAUCAAUAUCACCAUAAUGAUCUCAUUUUACCUACUAUGGAACAAUAUCUAACAUUAGAUCAAGGGAAAUCACCUAAAUCUGCUGAUGAUAACAAUAACAGAUCAUAUAAACUAAAAAAAAGAAAGAAGAUCAAAAAGAAGAAACUACAAGCGUUUCGUCACCACCAUCAUCAUCGUCAUCAUCAAUCUUCUUCUAUACAACAACAAUCAUAUAAAAAUAUUUCAUCGAAUGAACAUCAUAACAAUGGCAAUUCUAAUCAUAAUUCCAAACUAUUAUCAUCCAAAUCAUCCUCCUCACCAUCAUCAUCAACAUCACCGCCCAUGGACGUAGACGUGACAUCAUCGGAACAAAUAGAUGAUCAUAAAAGACGACAGUUUAAAUAUGAAAUUAUGGAAUUCAAUUCUCAAAAUCAUAAUGAAAGAUUGAAUAGACGAUUAUAUUAUCUUAGUAAAUAUGCUGGACAAUCAAAUCAUGGUAUACCAUGUUUUGUUGAGAAAAGAUUAUUUCAUCGUUCAUGUCAACGAAUUCGUACAGUUUGUGAAAACAUCGACCUGACAAAGUCACAAACGAUACAUGCUCAAAGAAAAUUUGUGCAACAAUUUAUAAACAACUUAGAAACAAAAAUGUCCAACCUAAGAAGGACUGACAAUCUAACAAACAUUGACGUUUUAAAAUAUUUAAAACAAAUACACCUAAUAGCUAAACGUCAAUUACAAUUAAUUCAAAGUCAAUUCAUACCAAUUACUGAUAAAAAUCAUCCGUAUAAACCAACAACGAUCCAUGAAACAGUACCUAAUGGUAUUGGGAUACCAUAUCCUCCACCAUUACCAGUGUUUACUACUACAGGUCGUCAGAUAAAGACACAUUCAGCAACAAUAACUACCAAUGGUGAUGCAGUCAAAAGAAACAUAUCAAUCAUAGGAGACAUUGAAAGAAAGAACAAUCAUUUAAUUCCUCGAAGUAGAUCAUGUAAUCUGUUUCUCAGGAAUAAUCAUAAUCAUAAUGGUCGUAAUCAAAACAAUAAUAAACUUCUUGAAUUGCCUAAAAUUGUUGAGAAGCUAUCAGAAAACAAUAUGAUACAUCAUUCUAGAAGCAAUUUCAAUAUGCUUAAUGGUAUAGAUAUGAAAGUUUAAUGAGUCUACAUCUUUAUCUCAAUCAUAAGUAAUCAUAUCAUUAUGGAGUUCUGCUAUUCGUCUUCUUCUUUUUCUGCUUUAUCUCGGCGUUAUGUAAUACUUUGAAGAAAUACAGAUCUAUGAAUGAAGAAUGUUCUCGGUUUUUUUAUUUUCAGGUUCUACAAUUCAUUCAAUUUAACUUGAAUAUAGUUGAGAUCAUGAAUCAAUCGAAGUUAGACCAUCAUGGAAAAGUUGGAAGCAUUGGAUGGCUUCAAUAGAUU